AUGGCAGCGGUUACGUAUUCUCAUUCUCUGGUGUUCUUUGCGUUAUUCUGCAAAUCGCACAACCCCCAAACGCGCGUGAAAGUUUGCAUAGCUCGAAGAGGCGAUUCAUCGACGAUUUCGCACCGGAGAUCUCAGAUUCGCUUGGAGUUUGGAGACCUCAAAGAGUCCGUCAAGCGGUGGAUUCUGCUCGUCGUCCGUGCCGGAUGUGAUUUUGAUUUGUAA